CUUCAUUACAAAUUAUACGAUCUUUGAUCAUGUAUUCAUGAUCGUUGAGGGGGCACUUCAUUUGUAAAUAAAAAUUGAUUGGAGCAAAAUCAGUGUGUCGGUUUUGUAGAGUACUGCACGGGUGACGAGGAUCCGCAAGUCAAUAAACGAAGUCGAAGUCGGAAAAGGAGACGCGGACGCAAAAGAGCAAUGCCGGCCAAGCGAAAACGAUCGGAAAAGCAAGCCAGCAAGCAGGAUAAGAAAGGAAACAAGAAGGUGAAGGGGCCUCUGGAGUUUGUCGGAGGCAACCAGUCAAGUGAUUCGGGCCAAACAAAACUGGACGAUAUUUUCGGCCCGGCCAAAGACAAGGCCAAAGGCAUGAAAGGGAAAGGCACAGGUAGGGAAAAAGCUGACAGAGGUGACACGAAGGGGCAGGAUGCAGCAGGGCCAGCUCCGAGUCCAACUUCAACACUGACAAGAAAUCACGGAAGGGCGAACAUUCCAGAGGCGGGACCGGCUGAAAACGGGGACCAGCACGACUCUGUAGAUGGAUCCAGCGCUAAUAAUAAACUGUCGUCGGGAAAGGGAACCACGCCCAAAUCGCAGAAAGGACAGAAACAAGGCGCUGCAACUUCAACGUCUUCGAAGAUGAAAGCUACAGAUCCGGCCUCCCUCCCAGGAACAAGUGGUGGCCUCGUGGUCCGUGAUGGGUCAAAAAAGGAGGGAAGAAAUCGCAGCGACGAUCGGGGAAAGAGUGAUCAUGCAAUCAGCGAUUCGGAGAGCGACACAUCAACGGAUACGCAGCCGGUAACGCCGAGAAAAACCUGGUUGGGAUCAGUAUUUAGUUCGCCGAAAAGGCAGCAACCCCGCACAACGUCGCCAUCUGCAUGGAGUGCACGGGACACAGAGGCCUACCGCAACCGCUAUCCGAACAAGAGGGACAACAAGAGCCUGAAUGACAACUGGAAGUUCUACAACAACGAGAUUGAGUCUAAGCCCAGAGGUGCCUAUAUUGAUACAAUGCACAAGCAUUGGUACAUGGAUUAUAGCCUACUAGAGGAACACCAUGGAUACAUUCAGUGGUUGUUUCCCAUCCGAGAGAUGGGAAUGAACUGGCAGGCCCAGGAGCUUCAGUUGCAUGAGGCAGAGAGGAUAUGUAAGGAUCCGAAGUGCAGGGAUCGCGUCGUCAAAUCCUACGAGUUGAUGCUUCAUUUCUGGGGCAUGCAUCUCAAAGACAGAGGAACGGGGGAGAUCGUACGAGGGGACAACUGGAAGGAGAGGUUCCGUAAUCUCAACAGGUCGUCCCACAACUACCUCCGGAUCACCCGGAUUCUCAAGUCGUUGGGAGAGCUCGGCCAUGAACAUCUGAAGCUUCCCUUCCUGAAGUUUGUUCUCCACGAGGCGAUCGUGGAGCGGACGCUAGCCAACGCCGAGAGGAGUUGCCUACACUACUGGAUACACACGCUGAGAGAUGACAAGCAACGAAAGUGGAUACAGACUUACGCAGAUAACCUGCUCGCAGAAAGCAAGCAUUGAAUUGAGAUACAUAGAUAGAAUCAUCGUAUACCUAUUAGCAUUUGUACUACAUUGUAUUACAUUGUGUUUAUUCACUGAUACAUCCAUAUAAAACCACAGAGUGUGUGAGCGGUUUUGGGCGCUACAGUGAGUAACAGGCAAGGCGGUUUUGGGAAGUACAGGGAGUAACAGGCAGAGAGAUUUUGGGCAGUAAAGGGAAUAACAGGCAGGGCAGUUUGGGGCAGUACAGGGAGUUACAGGCAGGGUGGUUUGGGGC